AUGCUCCCUCCCCAGGCCUACAACAUCUCUUUCUUCCAGCCACCUGCUUUUCUUCUGACUGGCAUCCCAGGGCACAAGGCCGCUCAUGGCUGGAUCUCCAUCCCCUUCUCCUCCAUAUACACUGUGGCCCUCACUGGAAACUGUCUAAUCCUCCUGGCUAUCAGGAGGACCCCCAGCCUGCACCAGCCCAUGUACUACUUCCUGUCCAUGCUGGCCUUCACUGAUGUGGGCCUCACCUUGUCCACACUGCCCACCACCCUGGGUGUUUUCUGGUUUGACCAUCAGUUCAUUGGCUUCAAUUCCUGCCUGGCCCAGAUGUUCUUCCUGCACACCUUCUCUGUAGUCGAGUCCUCGGUGCUCCUGGCCAUGUCAUUUGACCGCUUUUUGGCCAUCUCCAAUCCACUGCGCUAUGCAGCCAUCCUCACAAAUAAUGUCAUCAUCAGGAUUGGACUGGCCAUAGUGACUCGAGCCACUGUGUCCCUCUUCCCUGUGCCAGUCUUGCUGAAGCGACUGAACUUUUGCCCAGACCAGACCCUCUUGUCCCACUCCUUCUGUUUUCACCCUGAUGUGAUGAGGCGGGCCUGUGAUGACAUCACCAUAAACAUCCUCUAUGGGCUCUAUGUAGUACUGUCUACAGGGGGCAUAGACUCCCUGCUCAUCGUUCUGUCCUAUACCCUCAUCCUGCACACAGUCCUUGGCCUGGCUUCUCCCAGGGAGCGUGUCCGGGCUCUCAAUACCUGUGUGUCUCAUAUCUUAGCUGUCCUGGUUUUCUACAUCCCAGCCAUAGGUGUGUCCAUUAUCUAUCGUUUUGAGAAACACCUACCUUCCAUUGUACAUGCUCUGGUAGCCUAUGUAUAUCUGGUGGUGCCUCCUGUGCUCAACCCCAUCAUCUACAGUGUCAAAUCAAAACCCAUCAGAGAGGCCAUGCUCAGACAGCUAAGAAGGAAGGGGGCAAGGUGCAUAAAGUAA